AUGGAGGAAUCAAAGCAGCCAUUUCUUCUUGCUCCAAACGAUAACAUACAGCAGCAGCAAGACCCGAUUCCAGCUGACGCAGAAGACAUCCAGCCCAUCAACGGGAUUCAGGAUUUCUACACAGAGUUCUGUGCAGAGUCCAAGAAGCUAUGGUACCUCGCCGGCCCGGCAGUUUUCACCACCUUGUGCCAGUACUCGCUCGGAGCCGUCACCCAAGUCCUCGCCGGCCAUGUUGGCACCUUGGAGCUUGCUGCUAUCUCUGUCGAGAACUCUGUUAUUGCUGGCUUCUCCUUUGGUGCCAUGCUCGGAAUGGGGAGUGCUCUGGAGACACUCUGCGGCCAAGCAUACGGAGCAAAACAGCUGGACAUGUUAGGAAUCUACAUGCAGAGAUCAUGGGUCAUCCUCACAACGACGGCCUUCCUCCUCAGCUUCCUCUACAUCUUCGCCGGGCCGUUCCUCGAGCUGAUCGGACAGACCCCGGAGAUCUCCAGAGCCGCGGGGACCUUCUCAAUCUACAUGCUGCCACAGCUGUUCGCCUACGCCGUCAACUUCCCCAUCGCCAAGUUCCUCCAGUCUCAGAGCAAGAUCAUGGCCAUGGCCGUCAUCUCCACCGUCGCCUUGGUCCUCCACACUUUCUUCAGCUGGCUCCUGAUGCUGAAGCUCGGCUGGGGGAUGGUGGGGGCCGCGGUGGUCCUCAACGGCUCGUGGUGGUUCAUCGUCGUGGCUCAGCUUCUCUACAUCUUCAGUGGGACUUGUGGGCAGGCCUGGAGUGGGUUUUCGUGGAAGGCGUUCCAGAAUUUGUGGGGGUUCGUCAGGUUGUCACUUGCUUCGGCUGUUAUGCUCUGCUUGGAAGUUUGGUAUUUUAUGGCUUUGAUCCUUUUUGCUGGGUAUCUGAAGAAUGCAGAGGUCGCUGUCGAUGCCUUGUCCAUAAGCAUGAACAUACUAGGGUGGACAGUGAUGGUGGCCCUUGGAAUCAAUGCAGCAAUCAGCGUAAGAGUGUCGAACGAACUAGGAGCAGCCCAUCCAAGAACCGCAAAAUUCUCGCUAGUGGUAGCAGUGAUAUCUUCCUUCCUGACGGGACUCCUAAUCUCCCUUAUCCUCUUCAUUGCCAAAAACGGGUACCCAGCUCUGUUCUCCAGCGAUACCGACGUCAAGGCACUAGUGAAGGCGCUCACCCCAUUGUUAGCUCUCUCCAUUAUCAUCAACAACGUCCAACCUGUUCUCUCCGGGGUGGCCAUUGGAGCAGGAUGGCAAGCAGCAGUGGCAUAUGUGAACAUUGCUUGCUACUACGCAUUUGGGAUUCCCAUUGGUCUAAUUUUCGGCUACGUGCUACACCUGGGUGUCACGGGGAUCUGGUAUGGGAUGCUGGGAGGGACAGUACUACAGACUCUGGUUCUCUUCUGGAUGGUCUACAGAACCAACUGGAACAAAGAGGCUUCUGCUGCUGAAGAAAGGAUAAGAAGAUGGGGCGGAGAUGAAGGAACCAAAGAGACUAAAGCUUGA